GGACUUGGCGGGUUUUUAACUCCAUAUGUUACAAACAUCAAAAAUGUACAGAAGACAUUUUUGUUUCAAAUACACUGUUCUUGGUAGAAAAAACCUCCAUUAAAUAUCUCGUCUGUUAAUUAAUUAUAAAGUGGACGUUAAUUUCACUUUUUGUAGGGUCAAUGAAUUGUCAGUAUAAAAUUACUAACUGCAAUCAUCAUUCUCCAUAUAAAAAUGUUUAAUCAAAUGGCUGUAGACUCAUCUCUAAGUGGAAUUUCUGUGUCUUCAACUGUUGAUCGAUCCUACAAUCCAUUCCUAAAUAAUCUAGAUACACAACCAGGAGCAUUGCUUUCUGAACUUCUCUCCGAUUGUACACCAUCUGAUGAUUGCCUUAUUUCAGGAAAUAUACAGUCCAGUAAUCACGAUAGUAUUUCGUUGUAUGGCAUAUCAUCCUCAAGCAACAACAACAAUAAUAAUAAUAAUAAUGUAAACAGUAAUGAUGCUACUAACGGAAUCUAUGUACCAACCAAUUCUAAUUCACAUGAUUGUUUUCAAAAAAGUUCUGCAAGUGAAAUGAAAUCUGAAUGUGAUAUUCUGCUAUCGAAACGUAUCGAUGAGCAGUCAAACGAUAGAAUCACUUUAGAUAUGCUCUCAGUGAAUCUAAAAUCUGAAAUUUCUACUAAAGGUCCUAUUUUCUCCGAUCACUUUGAACUAGUUGAGAACAAUAAUAACAUUGUUACUACGUCCGCUUCUAUAAAUAGUAAUAAUAAUACCGAUAGUCAUGAGUCAGACAUUCAGCAUUGUAAAAAUUCAUUAUCAUUGGUUCAACCUACAAUAGCAUCAUCGUUAUCACUAACAACAACAAUCGCUACUACAGCACCAACAGUGACCACAACUAAUCAAGCAGCUUUAAUUGCAGCUGCUUUAGUAAAAGCAUCUGCAGACAAAACAAUGAAUGGUCCUUUCUCAUUAAUUGAGCGUACUACCAAUAAUAAUAAUGCAUCAGUGAGUGCAUCAGUGAUGAAUAAAUCACGUAAAAGUUCCCUGACAAUGACAAAUCAUCAUCAUAUACAUUCGUUAGAUAAUUAUGGUAAUAAUUCGAGUAAACUACCUGGUCGAAAAACUUCAUGUAGCUCCGAAAAACACUUUAUUGAACAAACUGGUUGCAGUGAUGAACGAAGUCCAAAUCGUCUUCAUUCUUCUGAAGAGUUUGACAGUUUACUUGAUUCAAAUACACCUAUUCUAGACUUCACCUUUUCAGAUGUACAAUAUUGGUGUAGUGUAUUCUAUUAUGAAUUGAAUACACGAGUUGGUGAUGCAUUUCACGCUGGUCGACCUACAUUAACAAUAGAUGGUUUCACUGAACCUUGCUAUCGAUCUGAUCGAUUCAGUUUGGGCAGUCUUAGCCAUGUCAACCGACCGUUACAAGUUGAAAUGACUAGAAGACAUAUUGGUCGUGGUUUAAAAUUACACCAUAUUGGUAGUGAAGUUUAUCUGGAGUGUUUAAGCGAUGCUGCGGUGUUUGUGCAGUCGCCAAGUUGUAAUCACUUUCACAAUUGGCAUCCAGCAACUGUUGUUAAAGUUCCACCAAAGUGUAACCUAAAACUUUUUGAUAGUACAACAUUCGCUAGUCAACUAGCUGAUUGUAUGUCACGAAGUUAUGAAUCUGUAUUCGCAUUGACUCAUAUGUGUUCUAUACGUAUAAGUUUUGUAAAAGGUUGGGGAGCAGACUACAGAAGACAAACUAUAACUAGUACACCUUGUUGGAUAGAAGUUCACUUGAAUGGACCUUUAAAAUGGCUUGAUCGUGUACUUCGACAAAUGGGUUCACCGACACUCCCAUGUACUUCGGUUAGCUGAGAAGGAGAAUGCUAAUAAUAGCGGAAAGGUAAACAGAUAAACAAAAGAAACUGAUCUCACUCACUUAUUUGUUGUAUAUUAUUAUUAAACUAUGAUUUUAUUACUGAUCCUCCCUUCACGGCUGGUAUGACAUGAUUACAUCAUUUUAUUGAGUUUUUUUUUUAUUGUCCAUUUUUGUGUAUUCCUUUUAUUUUCUUCUCUUGUGCAAAGUACUUUACAUUACUUUUACACUUCUUAUGCAUCACUUCAUGCUGGAAAACACUACAUAACUGACAGUGUAUUUCUUUUUGUCUUUUACACGCUGUGUGUUUGUAGGUAUGCACUAGACUACAUUUUCGUUUGAAUAUUAGCAUUUACCCUAGAAUUGUAUUAUCCAUUGGCAAUGGUUAGAAAGGAUAAAAGCACUUUUAUUCAUGUGAAUGAUGAUUUACGACAAGACUAUACUUAUAUAGACUUGAAAUUACCAUAACAUUGGGCUUUUUUUCUAACAGAUUUCUAUCCUAUUACUUUGUUUGCACUAUUAUCCAUAUGUUUUUAUUCGUUUAUAUUAUCUAGUGUUGUUGUCGAAAGAAUAAUUCAAGUGUGUAUUGUUUGUUGUUUUGACCUUUUUUUUUCUUUGCUUAUCUUCAGUGUUAAAUCGAAUUGCUUUGUCGACUAACAAGUCAGUAGUACUUGCAUCCAUUUUGUUUCAUAGACGACAGUAAUGCGAAUAUAUAUAUAUAUAUAUAUAUAUAUAUAUAUAUAUAUAUAUGUAUGUAUUCGUGUAUUUACCUAUUCAUCUAUUUGGUUCUGUGCAAGUUUUUCUUCGACUUUUUUUCAAUUUGUACAAAAUAGACUUUUCUCUUCUGUUAUAUAUUUUUGUUGUUUGAAUUUAUUAAGUAUUUACACACACAAAUACAUGCGACUGCAUAGGUGCGCCUGAUUCAAUAUUGUUCUUAUGUCCCAAUUUACUACACAAACAUAUACAUAUUUUUUCAUCAUAAUUGAUUUUUUUUUGUCGAAAUCCGUGACAUGAUUGUAAUUUAAAUGAUUUAUCGGUGUAUUGUCUUCUCUUCUUUUUUUUUAACACACAAAUAUUCUUCUUGAAAAGUUUUAUUAUAUUAUGAAUAACUGGUGAACAUUUUUCUAAAACUACAUGACGAAAUAACUUUUAUGAUAAUGUUAUCAAUUCAUGAAUUUUUGUAUAUUUGAGUGACGAUUAAAUUGAAUGGAUUUAC